GCGGCGAGUGAGUGGAGGAGAAAUUUGGCAAGUGCCCUCGAAAAGAAGCUGAAGGAGAGAUUUAGAUUUAGUUUUAGAGACGCCGUGGAGGAGCUGAGGAGUCUGAAGAAACAAGAGAUUUAUCAGGAUGAAGAUCGUUGGGGUCGUUCUGUUGAUGCUGAGUCUUCAUCACAUGUCCUUCUCUUCUGCUCAGGACUGUACGUCCACCAACGACCUGCUGAACUCGCUGCGGGAGGUGGAGAAGAUGUUGGUGGUCCAAGAGGCGUCGUACCAGCAGGGCCUUCGCUCCCUCAGGAAGAAGAUGAGCGCUCUGCACAACAGCACCAUGGCCCUCUUUAAGACCGGCGCAUCCUGCUCCAAACCAGAACCGCCCCCUCACGGCCGCAGACUGGGCAGGGUGUUUGGCGUCGGACACGAGGUCCACUUCCUGUGCAAGCCUGCCUACGAGCUGAUUGGCCCACGCACACGGGUGUGUCUGGAGUCUCUGAGGUGGAGCGGCCAGCAGCCAAUGUGCAGAAUCUUCAACAGCACCGGAAACACCCUGGCCUCUUUCUCUCCUGCUGCUCCUUCCUCUUCAUUCCCCGUCUCUGCUGCUCAGUCAGAUUCCUCCUCCUCCUCCUCCUCCUCUUCCUCCUCUUCAGCAUCUUCGCCUUCUCCUGUCUCCUCUUCAUCACCCACGCCUCCCCCCUCCUCCUCCGUCCGUCCGUCUCACUGCACUCACUUCCUGGGCUCUACCCGCUGCACCUGUGACGUGGGUUUCACCAUAUCAGGACGCGACAACAACAUCUGCACAGAUAUCGACGAGUGCCGUCUGUUUCCUCUCGGUCAGCCCGGCCGGCUCUGCGUCCAUCAGUGUGUAAACACUCCCGGCAGCUUCCACUGCUUCUGUCCCGCCGGCUACGACCUCUCCAGAGACGGACGCAGCUGCACAGACGCCGACGAGUGUGAAAACCGGAUGCACAACUGCACAACAGACCAGGUGUGUGUGAACACCUACGGAGGUUUCCAGUGCGUGGUGGUGGAGUGUCCUCACAUGAAAAACGCCACGUACAUCAAGACGUCACCGAUGCGCUGUGAGAGGAACCCGUGCAUGCUGGGAGACAAGGCGUGCACUCAGGCGCCAAACUCCAUCUCCUUCCACUUCCUGUCCGUGGUGUCAAACAUGUCCGCCCCCCGCGUCCUCUUCCGGGUGUCGUCGGCUCGCGUUCUGGGCGACACGCUGCGUUUCGGCCUGGCAGGCGGCCGUGGGCGGGGCCACUUCAGCGUGCAGCGAUCCGGCCGGCAAACCGGCACACUCCUCCUGGUGACGCCCAUCAAGGGUCCCGCCACUCUAGAGGCCGAGGUGGAGAUGAGCGAGCUGGAACGCCAUAACCUGCUGGGCCGCUACCUCACCAAGGUCACCCUGUUCGUUUCUCCGUACGAGUUUUAGGGGGAGGACUGAGGGGUUCAGGGUUUACCAGUGUUUGGUGCCAGACCAGUUCACCCAGAAAUAAAGAGCCUGAUGAACUUUUACAGUCCAACUGAAAUCACAACAGUUAUCGUUUUUACAAGUUAAAAAUCUGUCAAAGUGAGUUUUUAAAUUACUGUUAAUGUUUUUUUAUUAUUGAGGGAUAUAAAAAAGAUAUACAAUUUUUGGAGUUGUUGCAACACGAGGUAUUGCAACUUCCAUGUUCAUCAAUUGACGCACACCGGCCCAUAAAUAAUUGGUACAGGAGCGGCUGUAAAACGGUGAGUAAAUUCUUCUGGAAGUCACAAACCCUAAAGAUCUUUGCACACCAAGUUCAAAUUUUCCAGCCCGCUCUCACUCCCAACUCAUCAAAUAUCGCCAUUUGGUCAGUGCCCCUCGGCAUCAGAAACCGACACACGGAGGCACCCUUUAGCGACAGUAUGUGACAAACUGGGCUUUCAGCUAACUCCAACUCCAAACCCACCUGUGGCGUUAUUCGAUGGUUGGAGCAAGUGACGUAGUAUUAAUAGCGUAACAGUCCGUUCAGGGCGGAAGGAAGCGAGGGGAGGUGGAUGGGUCAAACAAACACAAGACUUUCAACCAGGAGUGACACGGACAUGGCUGUUCGUGUCCAGUGUGAAGCUAAAAGUACCAUUGACUAAUUUUGUCACAUCAGUCAAGCGGCGGUAUUUGACGAGUUGGGAGUGAGAAUGUGUUGAUUUUUCGUCUGAAAUUAACGCACAUUUAAAAAUAAAUACAACUUCCCGUUGUGUCAAUCACAUUUACACAGCAACUCUAAAACUUUCGCCCGUCAUAAAAAUUUUCGUAACAGGUGUGAUUUUCUGUGUUUUCUCGCAUCCGUCAAAAGCAAAAAGAGGGUUGUUUGACCACUCGGAGCCACCAGCCGUGCAAAUGUCACCAUUCAAAAUGGCAUCUGGUUAACUGAUUCACUUCAUCUCUCAGCACAAAGCACUUUACGAUAAAGAAAUAAAAGAAAACAGAGAUGUAGAAUUUAAAGAUAGAUUGUGGCAGGUGA